AUGGGAAAAUCGAAGUCCAAAUCGAAUAGUCGGUCGAUUUCCAAAUGGAAGAAAUUUUUCUCUUCAUCCGCUCAAAAAACCAAUAAUGAUAGUCGAGAAGAAUUGGGUAGUCAACAAACUGCAACCAGUCCAGGUCCAACGUCAAACAGUUCGGUUUCUGGAACUUCAAGAUCCAAAAGCAUCAAUAAGAGAAGAGCAAAUAUGUCUCGUGACGAUGGAGCCAUGCCAAAGACUGUUGAAGAGAAGGAUCACACUCCUGUUCCAGCUCCAGUUCCUAAGAGCAUAGAAGAGAAGAAAGAAAAGAAAGAGGGUGGAUCAAAAACCGAAGAAGCUCCAUCGAAACAAGGACAAAAAAAGAAAACUGAACCGAAGAAAGAAGAACAGGAAGCCAGUGUUUUUGAGGAAGUACAAGGUCCAGCUGCUCCGGCUCAAACUGGUACUCAUGGAAUAAAGAACAAGAUGCGAUGGAAAAUCGAUGUCGAGGGAGCGGACACAAAUGGCGAUCAAAAAAUGUCCGAGGUCCUCGAUAAGCUUGCCAAACUUCGAAAGAAGAUUAAGAAUAAAAAAUGCAAAGUUUUGAAAGCAAACGAAAAAGAGCUUACAGAAGAUGAUGAUGAGAAAGAGACGCACGACGACGUGAUCAUCAACUGUGCUCGUGUACUUCAACUAGUCAAAAUGGAGGCGUUGAUUUCCAAAGAGAUUCCUGAGCCGGACCAAGAGAUUCUCCGUGCAUUCUGUCGUAGUGUGAUCAAGAAGAUAAAUCAGAGGGAUUGA